AUGUCUUCAAGUCAGAGCACACCGACCAAAGUCGGAAUCUUGUCACUUGGUGAUAUGGGCGCUGGCAUUGCCAGGCUCUUAAUUGCUCAUGGGUUCCCCGUAGCUACCAACGGCCAAAAUCGGAGCGAGGACACCCUCGAGAGAGCACGCAGUGCCAAGGUCGAGCUACUCUCGUCAGACUUGGAGCUCGUGCAGCAAUGUUCCGUCAUCUUCUCAGUAGUGCCGCCGCGGGAUGCUGAAGCCACGGCUCAGCGAAUCGUUGAUGCACUGUCAGGUGGUUCCCAAAAGGAACCGAUCUACUAUGUUGAUCUAAACGCCGUGGCACCGUCGACAUGUAAGAGUAUCGUGGCCUUGUUCGAAAAGGCAAGAGUGCCCGUCAGGUUCAUCGAUGCCUGCAUCCUGGGUGGACCUCCCAGUCUCAAGAAAUCAAGCAAAGAGGGCAAAGAAGCCGAGUGGGAUCAGCCUAGCAUCCCCAUCUCGGGGCCUCACUCGUUAUCAGCGUUGCCGGAUGGAGAACGGCUCACGUCAGUCUUACAGCUGCGCUCUAUUUCGCCGGAAAUUGGCGCGGCCAGUGGCCUCAAGAUGUGCUUUGCGUCAAUAACGAAAGGCUUCACGGCGCUGGUUACGCAGUCCUUCACGACGGCACAUCGCCUUGGGGUGAGUGAUGAGCUGAAGCGGGAGUUGGAUAUCACGGUGCCGGCGAUGUUGGCGAGAGCGGAGAAGGGCGUUCCAGGCAUGCCACCAAAGGCCUAUCGCUGGGUGAGAGAGAUGGAGGAGAUUUCCAAGACGUUCCACGAGGAGGGCCAUUGGGAUAGAACAGUGUUUGAAGGUAUCGCUGGAAUUUAUAAAGCAGUUGCGGAAGAUGGCGUUCUUGGACAAGAGAAGAUUAAAAAGAGAAAGAGGGGGACCAGCAUAGACGAUGUUGCAGCGUUGAUGGCUGAGGGACUAGAAAGAAAGAAAAAGAAGACUGAGUAG